AGAAGAGGGCGAAGUCAAGUCUCUGAUGUUUAUAUCAACCAUGCAAAACAAAAUAAAAGAAGAAAAACGUUGAGCUUUAAGCAGGAGUGAUCAUUUUCAGUGCUGUACACGCGCCUGGUCUCGUCCCCUUCAUCCCACUGGCGUCACAUUUCACGGGAGGAUGGCGUGUCCGCCUUGGCCCAAAGGCAGCAGGCUUGUCCACCUGGACCUGAAAGGUGCCCCUCCUCGGCCCGAGCACCUGCACGCGCUGAUCGAGCUGUUCUGUCAGCUGGGAGCAGACGGUCUGCUGGUGGAGUACGAGGACAUGUUUCCGUAUGAGGGGGAGCUGAGGCUGCUGCAAGCGGCUGCACAUCCUGCUUACAGCCGAGAUGAAGUUUUGUCCAUGCUGGAGUUUGCCAGAUCAAAGGGCAUGGAGGUGAUCCCACUUGUGCAGACGUUCGGACAUAUGGAAUUUGUGUUGAAGCAUCAGUCGUUGUGGCACCUCAGGGAGGAGCCCCACUGCCUGGGCACGCUGAAUCCUCACAAAGAGGAGGGGGUGAAGCUGGUGAUGGAGAUGUUGAAGCAGGUAGUGGAGCUGCAUCCCGGUCUAAGUACCCUGCACAUCGGAGCGGACGAGGUUUACAUGCUCGGUGAGGGCGAGGAGUCCAAGCUGUGGCUGGCCUCGCCUGGACGUACAGUGGAGCAGCUUUUCCUCGCUCACGUGACCAAGGUGGUUAAGGCGAUCAAGGAGGCGUGGCCUACCAUGAGCGUCAUAAUGUGGGAUGAUAUGAUGCGAGGCAUGAGCCUGGACACACUGAGAGCAAGUGGCCUGGUUGAACUGGUGCAGCCGAUGUUGUGGGACUACAACCCCGACCUGGAUGUGGGCCAAACUGUGUCGCUGCUUGAGCGGUACUGCAGUGCUGGGAUGUCAGACCUGUGGGCGGCCAGCUCCUUCAAAGGCUCCACCACCGUUUACACCUGCGUGACCACAACUCAGAGGCAUGUGGAGAACCAUGCACAGUGGCUGAAGGUGGCUGCUUCUCUGUCUGCCGGCGUGAACCUGAAAGGCAUCGCCAUCACGGGCUGGCAGAGGUACGACCAUAUGUCAGUGCUGUGUGAGCUGAUGCCUGUGGGACUCCCAUCACUAGCGGCCUGUCUCCAAACUCUCAUCCAUGGUCAGUUUAGUGCUGAGGCUCAAGGCAAAGUAAAGGAGAGGCUGGGUAUGUCCUCGGUGGAGGUGGAAGACCUAGAGAGGACAUGUGUAGUAGACUCAUCGUUCCCAGGAGCGAAGCUGGCGAAGCUCAUCGUGGAGCUCAAUUCCCUGCUCAACUCUAAUGACUUAAGAUUUUUUGAAAGCGACAUGUUUGUUAGGGGUUGGCUCAGCCCCUACCAACGCCAGAGGAAGAUGAUGAACCCGCUAAUCACCAAGCAGAUUCACUCCCAAGCUUCAUCGUAUCUGGCAGCGAUUCAGCAGAAGGCGGACGCAGUGAGGGAGGAGAUGGUGCGUCUUUACCCAGAAUCCACCGCUCAGGAGUGGAUGGAAGAGCACGUCAGCCCCGUCGUGGUUCCUAUACAGAAAAUAAGAGAGGAUAUCCAAGACGGUCUGAAGAUGAUGGUGCCAUAGAAGAGAGGUUAUCGGUUUGACUUGAAACGUUUUUUAUUUGUAUUAUUUUCUCCGCUGCAACACUUUGAAUGAUUUUUGUUGUCAUUACGAGUCAGUGAACACAUCAUCUCUAAAACUGACAGUUAUCAUGUCUUUUAUAUGUGAUUCCUCGCUUAAAUGCAAAGGACUGUGAAUGGAGGUAAGUGAAGCAAAAAAGGGGGGAAAAAAUUGAUGUUUGAUACAAAGCAAUUUUAUUUAAGUUCAUCAAACCAAAGUUUACAAAAAAUAAAAUAAAAUCAUCCAACAGUUUAAUAAAAAUAAAAAAAGUCUUCUUCUUGAGUAGGAAACAUCAGCAUUGACAGAAACCUAAGAUUUAAAAUAACAAAAAUCUACAGUUUGACUAAAAGCAUAAACCUGAGAUUCAGUGUUUGGUUCCCAGAAGUUACACAAAUGUCAAAAAACAAAACAUUUCUCACACGAUUCUCUUGUACUCU